AUGUCAAGACUACCAGAAACAACGGUCAUUCAUGACUUGGUUUCCCCAACCCCGAGCAUAGAAGGAACGGAAGGGUCCGAUACGCUAGAUUGGAACCCUUUCCGGUCACAGAGUUCCCCGUCUGCGGCUGCGUCGGUAUUUCUCCUUGAAAUAUGCGUAGAGUACAAAUAUUUAUACAGGCGGCUGUCCGGCAACGUUCAGUUUUGGAUGGCUGUCAGCGAUGCCUCUGGCUGGGCGCCAGAAGAAGCCGAGCCCUUUCUUCAGGCUACAAUGGCAAAAUACCGCGUGGCGGAUCAUACCAUUCGCCCGGUCGACCCUGACGGUUACCGGAUCGAAGCACUUUCAUGGCAAAUGGCGAAUCAUAUUGCUCAGAUCAGAACCAUAGCUCAGAUAGGACGCUCCAGAUACCAAGCUCCGACGCCUGUUCCUGAAGACAGUAUGUCUGGGCAAGAGAUCGAAGAAGCCAUAUUGGAGCGGGUCAGGUUAGCAGCAAUGCGCUGUGACUUUGAUCAGGCCAAAUGGCUCCUGCUUCACAUCCAUGACAAGCAGAAAGCUGACACAUAUAUGAAAGAGCUGGAGUCCAAUAUAAUACUGCAUGACCAAAGGGAGAAGUGUUUCGAAAUGGAAAGCGCGAAAGCAGAGAGUGACGGCGAAUGGGGAAAAGCCAGAUCCUGGCUACUUCUGCUAGCGAACAAGGUGCGGUCGGGACGACUGCUUGUGGCGUUGGAAAGAAGAAAAGCAAUACAAGACAAAUACAACAGAGGUCUUCAAGAAGAGACUGUAUUGGCACAAUUUGUUGAUCGUGACUUGGCCAAGGCCUGCUCUCUGGUGUCUAAGAUGAAAGGCAAGAGGCCGAAAGCGUUCGUGGCUUUAUUCAAGUGCAACGAGGCUUUGACUAAGAACGACUUCAACGGGGCGAUGUCUACACUUUCAAACCCGCAACUGGCAUCGGCCCAUAUUUCAUUAAAACCUAUGGUGGACCUUGCAGAAGCGCUGUACAAUGAUGACCAAGAUGAAGCUACUUCUCUGUCGCUGCUUCUAAAAAUGGAUGCCGAGAGAUUUCAGAAGCUUUUCUUGAACUCAUCAGCCGGUGAUAGUGCAGAGAGGUGCGAUGGCCAGGUUGGGGCCCUGAGCUUGCUCCUUACUCAACCUGUAAACAUGUCAACGCAUCUCAAUAAUUAUUAUGAAAAACAAAGUAAAGCAGACGCGUUGCGUGGUGACUGGAAUGAAGCCCAGAAGUCGCUGCUCAAGAUUCCGAAAAAGACCGUCUCUGGACCACUCCUCAGAAAAUUAGAAGCGGAACUAUCAGCAUUUUACGAGAAGGACAUGGAAUUGGAAAAACAAGCCAAAGAAGCAGAGAUGAACGGUGACUGGGAGAAGGCUAGAUCUUUCCUGUCUCGUAUCGAAAGCGAUUUCGGCAAAUUCCUCCUUGCGGCAUUAGCAUACAGCGAGGCACGGUUGAGCCACAAAGACGAGCACCUGGAAAUGCUUGUUCAGCUCCAGGAGGACUAUCCCGAUCCUCGCCUCGAACAGAGCGAUCCUGAUGAUUUCCGCAAGGUGUUCGAGAUGAUGGCUGAAGAUAUGCGCGAUGCCUACGACAGGGCAUGUCAGGCUCAAGGAAUUCACAUUGCCGAGGAGUCGCCUUCGUCAGAAAACAUGCAGGCAAGGCUUCAAUAUUGUCCAGACACUGGCCCACCUUCAUCUUCACUGCCUGCAAUCCCGCGCGACCCAUGUCUGGUAAUCCCCAGCAAGCAGGCGAUCCGAGAGUAUCAGUGGGACCGACCUGAACUGCCAUCGUUGAGCUUUGAUCAGCAGUUAGUCCUAUUGCAAAUCUGCCUUGUGCACAAAGGCCGUUACACAAAUUCUCAAGGCAACAUCAACUUUUGGCACCGUGUUGCUGAUCAAUUUUGGGAGGUUUCGGGCUGGCACUGGAAGCGUAUCAGGAUGUUCGUGCAGAAAAAGUUACGUUGUAGAGCUGCAAGUGAUCGUGGACCUCAAAUGGGACCACUCUUGGAUGAAUUGCAGUCUCAUAUCCAUGCCGUCGGCCACCCGCGCCAUCGAAGCAGCGUGACCCAUUCAAGUCCGCAGCCGUCAGCACUUCAAAGCCCAGUGGGAAGUCUUCCUGGGCAAGGCUCUGCGAACCAAUCAUUCUCUCCGACUAAACUCAACGGCAGGAUCAAUUCGGAUAGUAUGUUUCACGGAAGAUUGGCCGGGUUGAGUUCGCGGCCCUCGGAACUUCAAUCCUCGGUAGAAGGUCUUCCUGUGCGGAGCGCUGCGAAGCGGACGUUGUCACAGACUGAGUUCGAUGUUCCGAUCAGUUCGGAUGACGAUUUGCCUUCACAUCCUCCCUCGCAACCCCGACAUACGGGUCCAGCUAGCUCUUCUGUCCACACACACGCUCAGAAUUUGCUCACAGGGACCACUGUUCAAUCUCUUAUAGCGAAAGGCAAUGAAGCAAAAGAGCAGCAUGAUUUCGAUAAAGCCAAGUCUCUGCUGCUUCAGAUCCCAGACAAAACAAUAUUUGGACCUCUCCUCGAGGAAUUGGACGAGGCUCGUGAAAGCCAAAUACAAACCAACAAAGACUUCGAAAGACAAGCCAAAAAGGCCGAGUUGGAGGGUGAUUGGGAGACCGCCAAGUCUCUAUUAUCUCGCGUUGUGGGCGAGGAUGGCUCUUUCCUUCUCCUCGCACUGGAGUAUAUUCGAACACGGAGGACAUGGAAACAAUUUGAAGCACAAGAAUAUUUGGAGCAGCUCAAGAAGGAAUACCCCCAUCCAAUCUUUAAGCAGGUGGAGCUUGACCACGAUUAUGAAAACGCAAAGAUCACUGGCAACCCGCGAAGGAUCGGUUAUCAUCAGGGGUUGCUUCGUGCCUACAAAAGGAAGUCCGGGUCUGUCUGGGACGAACCCGAUGAUUUUCGCAAGGCAUUCCAGCUUAUAGCUUCAGACAUGCGGCAUGCUCGUGACAAGGUGUGGUAUGCACACCCUGCUCGGGCUGGGAGAACAGAACUUCAAUCUCAACCUCAACCUGAGUUUUACUCUGGUUUUAAUUCUCAUGCUGGUCUUGAAUCAGAGGCAGAAGUCCGAUCUCAAUCCCAACCUCGAUAUCAGCCUCAGCAAAUAGAUAUCCCCGAAGUACUCCGCAUACUAGAAAGGGCGCGGACACAAGCCCAGGCUCAGCCUCGAUCUCAGCGACCUAAUAUCGACCAAGAACUCGCCUUGCUAGACAGAGCACGAGAAGAGAUAUUCAAUGGGCGAGACAGGAUCAAAGCUAUUCUACUCCAGGGAUCGAGCGAAGAAUCCAAAGAAGCCCUCAAAGCAGUGGAGAACAAUACAUCAAGGCUUCUCGCCGACUUUGAGGAGUCAGCGACUUCGCUGAUGGUCCAGGCGGGUGACGAGUCGGAUGAAUGGGAUGAAUGGGAUGAAUGGACACCCGAAUCUCAAAGAAUCCUGCUGCUUCUUAUGGAAGCUGAGUCGAGAGCCAAUGAAGAGAAGUUCAACUCUCUAAUGAGGCAAAUACCGAGAAAUAGUACCGAAGCCAGGAACUUCCGCAAGGAAUUUGCUGAAUCAAAAGCCAAGAAGGAUCGCUACCUUCAAAGAUGCAAGGCUACACUUGACGCCGGGGGAAGGUUGGAAGAAGUAGAAGAAGAGUGA